UUAUUAUCGAAUUUAUCGUAACGUUAGAGGGGGUAUCUAGGAGGAGUUCGCUAUAUAUGCGAUACAUUAUUCAGAUUUUUCCCAUUCCAAUUCGAUCAUUCGUUGAGAUCAGUCGUAUUGUAUCUGUUGGUGCGAAUUUUAUUAGUCGUAUUUUAUCUGUUAGUGUGUAUUUUCUUAGACGUAUUAUAUCUAUAGACGUGCAAGAUGUUUACCGAUUUAGUAAAACAGAUUGCAAGUAUUUUAAGUGUGCUUAGAACUAAGUAUAGUGGCAAAACCGUGAGGCAAGGGAUAAUUAAGUGUGAUAAGGCUAGACGUAGAAUUCAAGAUUCGAUGCGUAGGUCAUUAUCCAUAGGUGAAAGGCAACAUCUUGAGGCUUGUUUACGUAAUAUUAAAUCGAUGCGUAAACACUUUAAAUUAGAACAAAGGAGAGGCUUGGGUAUAUCUUUGAAUAAAGGAACCUCCACUUCGGCUUUUAGUAAUAGAAAAGAAACCGCAAAAGAUCGCGUGCAUUGGGAUGACUCCAUUUCGGCUUUUAGCAAUAGAAUACGAACUGGAGUUAUCACUAAUCUUAAACAUAAAGACCCCGGCAACUUCUUAAUGGAUUGUAAGACCAUCUUCAAAAGCCGAAUUCAUAACGCGUUGAAGCAAGAUGAGGCUGUGAAAAUAAAUGCGAUUUUUUGCGGGGAAUUUGUGAUUACUCAAGGUGAAAAGAUGCUUAAUGAGUAUAAGUACUUUACAACAUCAAAUGCGGCAAUAUAUAGGGAUACUAACAUAGAUGAGUGGUUUAAGGAGAAGGUUGAGAAACCAAUAAUGAAGAAAUUAUCGGAAUUUCAAGAACGUGAUAGUGGUUGGGGACUUAGUGCCGUUGUUAAUUUAGGAGUGAACAUUAACAAAUUUACACCUCAACUUGGCUCUUCAUAUAUUGAGUUACCUGUCCUGAUUAAGAGAAAAGAAGCUUGUAUCAACGUUAAGAACGAUGACAAUGCGUGCUUUGCGUGGGCGGUGGUUUCAGCGUUGUAUCCUGUUGAUAAACAUCCUCAAAGAAUAUCCAAAUACCCUCACUACUCUUCCGUGCUCAAGCUAAAAGGGAUCCAGUUUCCGAUGACUAUGCGACAAAUUCCGAACUUUGAAAAACAAAACAACAUCUCCAUUAACGUGUAUAUUCUGAAGAAGGAGAAAAAAGACCAAUUUAAUACGUUGCCUACCUACCUAACGAAGGAAAAGAGGGAUAAACAUGUGAACCUGCUUUUAGUGCAAGACUGCUACGAACAAUCGACCAAGUUCCAUUAUGUUUGGAUAAAAAAUCUUUCACGGCUAGUAUCGAAGCAGUUAAGCAAAGAAAAAAGGCAAAAGUAUAUUUGCGAUAGAUGUCUACAUUUUUACCGUUCUGAAGAUAAAUUACAUAAGCAUAUUAAGGAUUGCAUACAAAAGAAUGAUACAGCCAUCAAGAUGCCUACAGAGGAAAAAAAGAUGUUGAAGUUUAAAAAUUUUAAAAAUAAAAUAAAAGCCCCCUUUGUCGUAUAUGCAGAUCUCGAGAGCGUUCUGAAACCUAGCACAAAAAAGACUGCAUACCAACAACAUAUUCCAGCAGCUGUGGGAUACUACUUCAAGUGCUCAUACGAUGAAUCUCUUUCGUUCUACAACAGCUACCGCGGUGAAGACUGUAUGCGAUGGUUUGCUGACGAGAUGAAUAAGCUUGCGGAAGAUGUCUCUACGGUGUUUCUUUGCCCCUACAAGAUGCAUAUGACACCACAGCAGGACCUUGAAUUUCAAGCAGCAACGCACUGCCAUAUUUGUGAACAGUCAUUUAAAUCUGGUCAAAAGAAAGUUCGAGAUCACAAUCACCUUAUCCCGGAGAACAACUUCCGCGGAGCGGCAUGUGAGGGAUGCAACGUCAACUACCAGGACACUCAUACAAUUCCGGUGGUGUUCCACAACUUGAGUGGAUAUGAUGCUCACUUUGUUGUAACAGAUAUUGCCACUAGAAUGGACGGCAAGAUCGACUUGCUCCCUAUAACCAAGGAGAAAUAUAUUUCUUUUACCAAACACAUCAACGAGUCACGCACUGCUUCAGAUUUAUCGAUAGCUUCCGUUCAUGCGUCGGGGCAGAUAAACUAG